AUGGAUGGGUAUCCGACGGGAAGUUUGGACCACAAUGUCCCCCUUCUAGUGGCCGCCGGCCUUAACUCCGAGACGAACGAGCUCCCAUUGAGCGCAGAGCUGAAGGAACAGAGCAUCCUUCUCCGAUCAGAGUUACCACCUAUCGGGGGCGAAGAAGCAGAGGUUUUGGCGGAAUACUUCAAGGAUGUUGAUGCGAGCGCAAAGUCGUGGAGUGCCUUUGAGAGAAAUGAGCCUUAUAGAUUUCGCAUUAGGACUACAGGAAGAUCGUUUCUAUUACCACCUCGUCGAGCUCGUCUCCCAGAAGGUAUCGAACCGCUCAACGAACACCCGACUCUACACUCGCCAUUCUCCCCGCUUAGUCCAGUAUCGGCGCUAUAUCCAGAUGGCCACAUUGAUGCGCAAUGGAUCAAGAAGCACCAGGACCUCGUUCCUAGCGUGUACCUGUGCUUCUAUCCCCUCACCAACGACCCGAAUUCCAUGACACUACAGGAUAACCAUAUCAAGUCCGAUAUCAACAUCCUCAAGAGUGCUUUAUUACGCUCAGGAUACAAGACACGGCUAGCUAUUGUUCUGCUUGCGGACGGUGAAGGCGCUCCUGUGUCGUUGGCCGAAGGGAUUCAAGAGAGACUGGAGAACAUACGGAGAGGAACAGCGUUGGACCCAAAGUCGGUCUUUUACAUCCCAUCACAGGAGUCGCAGGACGACUUAAAACAGGUUGUUGAUAAUGUCCUGGGCGUGCUUUAUACUUCAGCUGUGGAAUACUAUCGGGAUCUUGGACGACAUGCCAGGAAGAAGCGAUCGCGUGGAAUAGCACCUCAACCGACCGUGCCACCUACGACCGGGACAUCCCAGACUCUCUCACUCCCAGACUGGAAUUUCAGAUACGAUUUUAAGUCGGCCAUAUUCGCAGAAUUCCGACAAGAGACAGAUGCGGCGCUGCAGUUUUUCAAGCAAGCAUACGAGGUACUUCUUGGACAGGAUGUGCUGGACAUAAUCCCCAGUUGGAGCCCUCGCUGGAACGAAGCAAGACUCUUAGCGGAUGUCAUAGCUAUCCGGUGCUUAAGAUGUCACUUGUGGCUCGGCCAAACUACGCUGGCUGUCAGAAUGUGGCAUUCACAUCGAGAACGGAUUGCUGACUUUGUCGAUCGACGCGGACGAGGGACCAACAACUAUGGAUGGCAGGCCUGGGAAGCUCGGUGGGCUACAGUCAUGGCAAAUCUGAUUGAAAGAGUAGGUUUGCCAGCUUUGGCACCAGCAACGGGAGCUCUGUUCGUCCCACCGGACAAGUCUGUCCUAGGCGAGCGAGUGUCACCAUGGGAGUUGCUGCACCACACAGGAUACUGGUAUCGCAUAGCAGCACGCCAUCUUGUGGCUCGCCGGAACCUCGCGUAUCAGAUGCCCGAGGAGGAUAGGAAUUCGCCAGAUACAACUCCCGCAUCAGCGGUAGCCAGCAAGGCCUUCGCAUACGAUACGUACAUGUGCCCAGAGCCGUACCAAGAAUACCCAAUAUCGGGCACAGGUGUAAAUCAUGCGCAACUGAUCAUUGAUUGUCUCAAAGCGGCGACGUCGCAAUUCCGAGCUCGAAAGCAAAAGCGUGUAACGGCUGAGAUAUUGUUAGAGUGCGCCAGGGAGUUCGCCAAUCUGAAACAAUGGGACGAUGCUGUGGAAACCCUGCUACCAUUCUGGGAGGAUGCGGCGUUCAGAUCGGAGGGUUGGCUCAAUAUAUCAGAGGACCUGUGUUUGACUUUGCGAAGAAUCGCCCUUGGAGCUCGCCGUGCAGAUCUAGUCGUUGCUGCGGACUGGGAGCUCAUGAGUAACAGGUUCGUGCGGCAGCCACAGUGGCAUUAUGACAUUGCCAGAUCACUCGAAGGAAUUACAGCAGAGGAGAAGCCAUCAAUUAGUCUAAGCGACGACAAAACCGGCUCGUUCAUUUCAGCGUCUUUCGUGUUUCGGAAUAAAGAGGGCAAGGCUGGCGAGACAUGUACCGCACAGCUUGCGCUCACAUCGCACACGUUUCUCGAUGCUGCCCCGAUCACAUUUGAGUCAUUGAAGGUUGAGUUCAGUGGGAGUCUCAGACCAAUAUUGCUAGAGCAAGGGGCUUCAGAGGAUGAGGACUCGUCAUUGGCCUCCAAGAUCUCCAUUUUGUUGUUAUCGCUGACGGAAGACUAUGCUGAAGGGUCUGAGGAUGAAUUGCCGACACUGCUCAAAGGAACUUCUAACUUGACACUCCGUCCUGGUCAGACACGAGUGUUCGAAAUGAAAAUUCCUUUGAGAGAACCAGGAACUGCUACGGCCUCAUCCGUAACGCUCUCACACAGCAAUGCAAGUUUCGAUCUAGACGCUAAAAUAGGAAUCCGGGAUACCGAUCCUAUUGUUGGCUGGUACAUCCAAGGCUCAUCGAAACCCAGAAGUAGCCGCCCAGAAGCAGGCACCAUCCGUAUUCAGCCUCGACCGCCAAAGAUGGAGAUCAAGCUUUUGGAACCCUCAGCUCAGUACUACGCAAAUGAGGCUAUCGAGUUGGAGGUCGAAUUGAUCAAUGCCGAAGACGAAUCCGCGACUGCUAAACUGGAUAUUCACCUCUUUGGAAAAGAAAUACCAGCAAUCCGAGUGGUGACGGAAGGUAAUGAGGGUAGCGCCGAAUCAACCACAGAAGAGGCCAAAAUCUUGGGACUUCCUUUGGGUGCCAUAAAGAGCACAGCAUCAGUCAAGAUGGUGCUUCAUAUAGAUGCGGCACCGGGCCCCACGACAUUCGAUUUACACUUGAAGACGUCGUACCACUUAGACUCAGACGUUGCAACGCCGAUUAUGCAAUUGUUGACAGUUCAGCUCAACGUUGUGAAUGCAUUUGAGGCAAAUUACGAUUUGGUUCCACGACUUCACCCUGGACCAUGGCCGAGUCUAUUUGACUCUGAGGGACUGGGAGAUACUGAAGAGGGUGUUGCCCGAGGCUUUACACAGAAGUGGUGCCUACUGUGUCACUAUGCCUCGUUUGCCCAGGAGGACUUGAAGGUCCUUGGGAUGGAUCUCACUGUGGUCUCAUGCGUUGGCGGUGCAAGAUGCAACGUGAGCCAGGGACCGGAUGUGUCACAAGAAGGGGUCAUUGUUGCCCCCAAAACGAUGCAUGAGGCACAAUUCGAUCUGAUAGCCCAGAAGCUCACCAUGGAAGAUCGACACCCUGUAACACUCGAGUUGGCAUUUGUCAUUCGAUGGCAACGUCAGAACCGCAGCGACGGAGCCGUCAACACAACAACCAUGCCCGUUGGUAAAUAUCUGGUUUUGGGCACAGAGCCGCGAGUGCUGGCAUCGGUGUAUCGCGCCACCAAAGCAGAAGAUGGCAUGCCGGGGCUGAUGCAACUGGACAUGACAGUCGAGAAUCCAUCCAAUCACUUCCUUACCUUUGGUCUCAGCAUGGAGCCGAGUGAGGACUUUGCAUUUUCAGGUUCAAAGCAGACAACACUGAGCCUGUUACCGCAGUCGAGGCGGACAACGACCUAUCGGUUGUUACCGCACGUCAACGGAGUAUGGAUAAGGCCGAAAUUGACGGUGCGAGACAAGUAUUUCCAAAAAGUGCUACGCAUAAUACCGACAGAAGGGAUGAAGAUCGACGAGGAAGGACUUUUGGUGUGGGUUCCCGGAGAGGAGAAAAGCGAAGAAGAGAAGUCCGAAGAGCGAGCAUAA